UGUCACAGUCGGUUGUCUUUGUCCUUUUCUGUGCAUAACCGUAAAAUUUAUGCAGACGAUUUGUCAAACAAAAAUACCGGGGCGUUUGUUUGUGAAAAAAACGCGGGUCAGAGAUGGUUCGAUAUUUUUAAGACACAAUUUAUUCUUCUGUGUACUUAAUUCAGAUAUAAUUUUAUUUUGAAGCGCCAGAACAUGCCUCGCGUAAAAGCAUCUCCAAAGAAAUGCAUUAAAUCAAAUUUACAACAGCCCGCUAAUUCUUGGGUAUUUUUACUGAAGGGAGAGGCUUUAGAACUAUCUGAGCAAUAUACAGGAAGUGGUACUCCAGACAUUGUAACAUUACGCCAUCCAAAUACAGGAGAAUCUGCCGUUUUCCUCUUCUCUCCUGCAAAUAACUCUGUUCAAGAAGUUUUAACAUUUAAUGAUGGUAAACGAUCAUGGUUUAUUGAUGAAACUGUUAAAAGUGAUGGAAAAAUGAAAUUAUCUACUCCAAUUGAUCCAAUAUUUUUGGUUUUACCCUAUUUAAGAAAGUAUUGUAUUACACAUGCCGUUCCACUUGAUCAACUUCUAAGAGAUGAAGAAUUUCCAGAAACUGAACGUUUACUUAAAUCAAGUGGUCUCAACUAUUUAGGAUUAAUUGCAGAUAGGAAGGGGGAUGAAGAACUCAAUGCUUAUAAAUACAAUGAAGAAAAAACAUUAAAUUGGCUGAAGAAAAAAACCGAAAGAGUCUCAGAAAUUCUGAAACAGAAAAAUAUUCAUAUUAACAGUGGUGCUGCUGUGUCUGCAAAUUUUGUCAAAGGUUCUAAGAAUGACUCAGACAAUGAUUCCUAUUUAAGGUAUGCUCAUGGAAUAGUCUCAGAGUAUCUAAUGGACGACCUCAGUCAAAAGUUACUAAAAUUUCUAAAUCUACCUGAAGAAGUUUCACCACAAAAUUUAAAGAGAAAAAGUUUAGCGACACCUGGACCCGAAGCAAAGAAAUCGAAAAUAGAGGAAGAUAAUAAAGGAUCAUCCAGUAAUGUUUUAGAUCUCAGUAAACCUGAAAUUAAACCUAAACCAUUAACAUUGUCAGCUAAAGAUAAAGCUCGAGUUAAAGCUGCUAGCGGAAGUAAAAGUAUUAGUUCGUUUUUCAAAAAGAGUUAAAAACUCAAUGAUUUUGUGGUGUUUGGUAAUCUAGGUCAAUUUUGAAAGAAUUAUUCGAUUCUUGGUUUCCUUCGGAAAGCCUUCACAAUUUCUCAUGUGAAAUAUUAUUUUUAAUUUUUUAUCGAACUAGUAGCAGUUUUAGUAUUAAGUAAUGGUUUCAUUACAUUGUACUUUUUGUAUUAAGAGUAAAAAACAGAUUUAUUUACUUAGUAAGUUAUAUUUUUUUAGUAAAAAAUUUUAUUUCAUAUUGAAAUGAAUUCUCUUUAAUAUUUGCUUGUCAAAUUUAUUGUAUAUUUUAUAAAAUUAACCGUUUAGGGUAAUUGAUUGUCACAAUAUAAUUUGGUGUGAAGCUAUUGUAUUAACAAGCUUUAUUAUAGGUCUUAUUGCUUUUUUUUAAAUGUCAAUACAUGUAAAACAAUGUAUGUAAAAGUAAAAAAGUACCCAUUUAUUUUAUUUGUUUAGAUUUGGACAUAAUAUGUAUCAGGUUAUUUAGUAAAAGUCUAGAGAUAUUAUAAACAACAUUUAAUUUCCUUAUAAAUAAAUGUGAAUUUAAUCGAA